AUGAAGUUAUUGCUAUCCUUAACUCUCAUACUUUCGCUGAAGUAUGCGAGCUCUAUGCCAACUGCAGGAGCAGCAGAAGCUCACGAAGAUGAAAAUGAUCAUAGUCAUCUACUUGAAACACAAAUUUCCCACUCCACAACAGCUAAAGAGAAUGAUGUGGCCAAUGCGCAUGUAAAGGAGAAUGGACAUGAAAAUGUGAAAAGGAAUAGCGACGAUCAUCACCACGAAGGAUAUGAGAAGAGAAGUGGGACUAAUGGUCAUAUUGAGCAUGCAAUAGAUAAAGAAAACGACGAACAUCAUCAGAAACGAUCGACCAUUGAUGGUCAUCACAAUCCCGAAAAACGUCAUUCUGAACAUUCUAUGCAUCAUGCCAAUCAUGGAAGUCAUACACCUUCUCCUGAAAACCGAAAAAAGAGAAAUUCCGAUCAAGGAAUAAGCGAGAGCAAUGAAGAAGAACCGGAAGAAGAUACGAUGGACGGUGAAAAGGAAAUUGUAAAAAGAAAUAUUGACUCAAAUCAUCAUCAUCAUGAGGAGCCUCAUAUCGUUGACGAGCAUGCCUCCGAAACUUCGCAUCAUGACUUAAACGAAAGAAGCGCGUCAACAAAUCCGGAAGCAGCCAUCGACCACGAACACUGA